CUUUAUACGCCAACUUUCAGAUGAGGUUGGUGCUAUCGUUCUUGACUUUGGAUCUCAUACUUUGCGUGGUGGGUUUGCUGGUGAAGAUACGCCCAAAAUCGAUAUGCCAAGCUACGUCGGCUGCAUCCUUCCAAAGGACGAGUCAUCGGUGACGAAGCGCGUUAUCGGAACCAAUAUUUAUGUUCCCUACGAAAGAAUGGAGAUUGCUUCAUUUAUAAAAGAGGGAUUAAUCGAGGAUUGGGAUGUUUUCGAGGACGUUGUAUCCCACAUUAUUAACUUUUUGAUCCCAGUUGAAAAAUCGCAGCAUCCGAUCCUCCUAUCUGAACCUUCUUGGAAUCCGAAAAUAAAAAGGGAAAAGUUGACCGAAGUUUUGUUUGAAAAAUUCGAGGUUCCUGCGUUUUAUCUAGCUAAAAGUGCGGCUCUUGCAUGUUUUGCGAACGGUCGGCACACCGGACUAGUGUUGGAUUGUGGGGCUUCUUGUGCCUCAGCAGUACCCGUCUACGACGGUAGGGUCCUUCUUCAAGGAGUUGUACGUACUCCUCUGGCAGGAGACUUUAUCGCUAGGCAGUGCGCCAAACUAAUCAAAGAGGAGCUAAAAACUGACCCUAUCCCUUACUACAGAAAUCUGAUGGAAGACUUCGCGGCAACAGUGUUGCAAAUUUCCGAUGAGCGCUACGAUCAAGGGCAAAUGGAAACCAUCCCGACCAUAUCCUAUGAAUUUCCCAAUGGCUAUAACGUGGAGUUGGGUCAUGAACGCUUCCAGAUUCCUGAAGCUCUCUUCGAUCCAUCGGUGUUGCCGCAAAGCGGGGGCAGUUCUGAGUUAUCCAUGAGUCAUAUCGUCUCCAGUAGCAUUUCUCUCUGUGACAUUGACAUCAGGCCGAACUUGUACAAUAAUAUCGUGGUAGUCGGUGGGACCAGCUUGAUUGUUGGUUUCACAGAUCGGCUGCAAAGGGAUCUCGGACUGAAAACGCCGUCGUAUGCGUUUGAAAGUCAAUUUCCCAAGUUCGCUGAUGGAGAGGAGGUUCUCCAACUGGGUUGGAGGGUCGAUUUUGGGGUCGGUACCUUCCAACAAAUGUGGAUAUCGAGGCAUGAAUAUGAGGAAUUCGGAAAGUCAAUAAUAGAAAAGAAGUGUUCUUAA